AUGAUACUACCGGAUGAUCCUGAUGAGCCUGAUUUAGGCAUGUCUAGUCGACGUUCUCUGAACGAGGGCAGCAAAAAACUGUGUUUUCGUGUUGUGCCUCCGUACCGUAAUAUGUUUGCAAUUACAACAUCAAAAAAGAAUGUGAAAAUGAGGAAAGAAGGUAUUUUCUCUCUUGUUGUGAUGGUGCUGUUAUUUUUGAAGUCAAAUAAAUAUUUUUCAGUGAGUGUUGGAGAGCAGUAUGAUGCACAAUCACUUAGGAUUAUUGAAGCAUAUUGUAGCGGAGCUGCACGUGGUGUUCCUACAAUCGCUGACAAUCGACCACCUCAGUUGAUUGUCGCUGAAGACGAGAAAAUUCUUGUAGAAGAAGUUGUUGGGGACGAAAUCGUAAUCCAGGAGAAGUGCGGUUUGAAAUAUUAUACACCGUUUACUAUAAGCCUAGUUGACACGGUGUAUGCACUGAAGGAUCAGGUAGCUAGUCUUCGACAAGAACUUGCUUCUGUGGGAAGAGCUCUGGAUCGAGAACAGCGAGCGCGUCGACGUCUUGAAGAAAUUGUACGACGAGGAAUUAUGAACGCAAAUUCUCCAGUUUCUACUCCUAGACCAACAACAGAGAUGAACGUGUUGCAGUAA